AUGUUGUUUGGCAAAUUAGAAGCGAGAUGCUGCAAGGGUGCACAGGACAAACGCACAGUUUGGCGAAUUGGAUUGCCAGGGAUCCAGUGGCCGAGCUCCCACCGUAAAUCAACACCGGAAGAUUUUCGAGGAUCGGGCAGGUUGGCAGUGCCAGACCCAGAGAUUGAAAGAGCCCUUGGCAGACGAAUAAUCACAUCCGACCACCGUGCCAGCGGCCCCUGCAUCGAUGUUUUUCCAGUCGGUGGGGUUCAAGGCGACAGCAACGGUCUUGACCAGGAUGCAGUGGUCUGGAACAAUGGGAAUAUGCGGGAUGGAGGCAAGUUGAACAAUUUGCCCUCAGACCCUGAACUCCUCCCAAACAACCGGACGACGAACAAACGAACCCCUUCAAUUCUGUCCAUGCUCUCUACAAAAAGCCGCUGGGCACUACCCAGCACUGCCCACUCACUCACACAACCGUCAACACGCUCCAGCUCUCCUGCUGUCACUUCUCGACCUCACCUCGCAAUCCGAUACGCAUCCACUCCUCCUGCCUCACCCUUUCCAGCAAUCGACGCCCGCCUGUCCUCCAUGAUCCCCCCAGACGUCGAAAAAUCCAACGAUGGCGAUUAUCAGCUCAAGCUGGCGCUGACAGACCUGCUGAACUGCUCAGACAUCAAAUCCGAUCAGGAGGUGCGGAGAUGGGUGCAGAAUCGGCUGAUGGACACGGAGCAUCGCCUUAAAGCAAGACGAAAAAGUCGCAUCAUGCAUUUCGAGCGAUAA